GAUCCUUUUUUCUUGCCUCGGUUCCAGCCAGAUCCGUCCUUUUCGCACUACGUGAACAUGUCCAGUUCCAUCUUGUACAAAUUCCGUUCGGGUACUACCUUCGAAGCCUUGCCGCUGCCGGGCUCGGCAGCCCGCGUCUUGGACGUCAAAAAGGCGAUUGUCCGGCAAAAGAAACUCGAUCAGGGUGGGGCCUUGGAGUUUGAUCUCAGUCUCAAGGACGCCACGACGCAGCAAGAAUACCUCGACGAAAGCGAGAUUCUACCCAGAGGAACCCGACUCAUUGUCCAGCGUCUGCCUGCCGCCAAAGGACAAGGAUUCUUGGCACGCAUGGCCCGGAAUCCCUACGGCACGUACGACCCUCGCACCGCCAACCAGACGGCAACGUCAUCCACAACGCCCUACGGGGCUCCAUCCUCCACUACCGCCACGUCGGCGGUACCCGCAAACUUUUACACAAUUGACGGUCGCACCCAGGAUCAAGACGACGAAGAAUUCGUGCGUCCCGACGCGGCCGAACAAGAACUUGCCGCCUUACGAGCGGCUACGGACGCGGCCCGGGGGACUGCUGGGCCCUCUUUGGGUGUGGCGAGGACCAGUGGCGGACCCGCGGGACGGGGACCGCCGCCACCGGCACCAACCCGCGUCCCCCGUCCCAACUGGAACGCCCGACCCAACGCAGAUCCCGAAUUGCGUGAACAAGAAAAACUCGGACAACCCAAAAAACGAGCCACCGGAAUCCCUCGGACCUUUCAAGCCGUACAGCAACAGGAAGAAGGAUUGGGAUUGCAGACCAACGCAAUUGGCUUUGAGGAACUCAAAAAUAGAGGUGGGGGGUUGUCGGAACUUUCUUCGCAAAAUAAUCUCGAUUACGUGCUCAAGGUCACUGCCACGUCGAUUCCGGAUUAUCUACAGUGCGCAAUUUGUGGAGGCGUGGUACGCGACGCCAUGAUUCUACCCUGGGAUACGGAGGGUCGGACGACGUGUGAAACGUGUAUUCGGGACGCCUUGACCCAGAACGGCUUUCGGGAUCCUUUGACCGGAAUGGAAGGCGUCAGCCCGGACGAUUUGAUACCCAACUACGCCUUGCGCAAAGCCGCCGAUCAGUUCGUCAAAUCCGUCAUGGAAAAAAUGGACGAAAUCAAUAAACAGCAAGUAGAAGAUGACCAACCCGAGGUCGCGACUGACGAAACGAUUGGUGGGGCCGUGUUGGAAGGGGAGAGCGACGAAAAAGGCGUCCUGGUGUCGAAGAAGACGACGCUGACGAAAAAGACGGUAGAGGACGAUCCUUUUGGCGGCGACGACGACUUUGGAGGAGACGUUUUUGCCGUGGAGCCUGCGGAAAAUGUCGUCAAGGAAGAGGCACCCAAGGAACCCGUGAAGGAAGAGCCGACCGAGACGGAAGUAGCCACAAAGCCAGUAAAACGUGAGGUAGAACCAAAGGCCGAAGAAGAGAGAGAAAAUUUGACGGUAGCUACUGUUCAACCUCCAAACGUGAAAGUAGAGACGCAAGAAUCGCCCAACGAGAAACCUACGGAUCAUUCAAUCUCGCAUACUACCUCUCCAGCAUUGGAAAAGAGUCCAUCGGAUCGGCGUGAAAGCUGUCGACGUCGUGGACCACCGGUAGGGUACGCAAUGGGACCUGCUGGACAGUCUGCUACAGCAACUCAAGCUCGGAUAGACCCUCGAGACGCAUCGCCACGUGCUAGUCGCGGACGUAGUGGUAGGCAUUCGGGCGAUAAUCUGGAAGACGGAUCCCGCAGCGUCCCUCCCCAAGAUGAUCCCAACCUUUUGAUGCAUGUGCUAACCCCGGGAAUCCCCUCCAUUCUUUAUUGCAGCGCUACUCCGAAGAUGGGAGCGAUGGACGAGGCUCCAAACGCGGUCGUUCUGCUUCGUUCGAUCGUAACGAAUACCAAGAACACAACCGGUAUGGACGUGAUGAUUAUAAUAUUCGAGCUCGCGGGCGGGGUCGCGCCCCGGGACGGUAUCAAGGGAAUGGAAGCUAUCGCGGCGGGCGAGGUGGGUGGGAAGAUCGCGGGCGCGGUGGCUACCGUGGUGGAGGCGGUCGCGGAGGAGGAGGCCGCGGUAGAGGUGGACGAUACUAGAUAUACUAGUUGA